AUGUGGGACCAGGGAGGCCAGCCCUGGCCGCAGUGGCCUCUGAGCCAGCAGCAGUGGAUGCAGUCCUUCCAGCACCAGCAAGAUCCAGGCCAAGUGGACUGGGCUGCCCUUGCACAAGCUUGGAUAGCUCAUAAGGAAACGACUGGAUCAGAGCCUAACAUUCAACCCAAUGGGCAGGACAUCCAAGGUCAUGAACCACCUGCACAGGGCAACCAUGGGUCCUUCCAGAGUGAUUCUGCUUUUGGCAGAAUGUGGCAGCCAGAAUGGGGAAUGCAUGGCCAACCGCCACCGCCUCCUCCACCACCUCCUGAACAAACCUGGAUUCCUCCUGGCUCAGCCCAGAUGGAUGUCGUGAACCACAGCGAAGAUGGAAACAGCCCGGACAGUGCAGAAUUCAACUCUGAAGCGCGGCGUGGGGUUUUCCCCCAGAACAGCCAUGGGUAUGGGGCACAGCCCGACAGCUACGCCAUGGCCCCCAUGGCCAUAAACCAGUUUGAUUAUCAGCAUGGAGCGGCUUCGUCUUUUGGCCCUCCGCCCUCUGGCUUCCAUUCCCCAUACUGGCAGGGUCCCCCUCAGAACAGACGAGAUGCCCGACCGCCUGGCUUCAGGGACCGCCCAAGAUCGCCUAUGCAGCUUCCUAUGAAACAGGAAGCUCCAGCACCACUUGAUGCGGUGAAAAGGCGAACGCUACCUGCCUGGAUCCGAGAGGGACUUGAAAAGAGGGACAGAGAAAAUCAGAAGAAAAUGGAGCAAGAGCGAAUGGAAAAAGAGCGUGCAGAAAUGUCAAAAGAUGAUGACCAAGACCACGAGAUUGAUGAUGGAGUUGAUGGGCCUCGUGUGCCCCGCAAGAGCAAAUUUGACAGUGAUGAUGAAGCUAAUGAAGACAAUGAAGAAAAGCCUCCUGUAAAAAGAGAGUUUGUCGUGCGGAGCCCAUCGCCUCCUGCAGAAGAUAGUGAGCCUGAAAUGACUGAGGAGGAAAAGGAAUUCCAACUGAUGGUCAUCACAAAAACACUUCUCACUGAAAUCCUUCUGGAGGUCACCAAUGAAGAGAUCCAGCACAUUUCAAAAGAAGUUCACCGCAAAGCAACACGAGCUCCUGCAAAACAGCUGGCACAGUCAAGUGCACUGGCUUCUCUGACUGGUCUCAGUGGUCUGGGUGAUUAUGGUUCAGAGGAGAGUGCAGACGAGGACGACCGCAGUGCCCGUGGGUCAGAAUCCUCCGACACUGAUGAGGAGGAGUUGCGCCAUCGUAUCCGGGAGAAGCUGGAUGCCUUCUAUCGCAAAGAGCGAGAAAUGCAACAGCUCCAAGAAAAACAUGCGCAAGAUGCUCUGCUUGCUCGCGAAGACUUGGUCAAGGAACGAUUGAGUAGAGAAAGGGUUGAAAAUGAUGAAGGCCAGUUAGAAAAUUAUUAUAAAGAGGAAGUGAAAGAGAGGGAGCCAGAACUCUUGGUAGAGAGGCGUAGGUCCCGUAGUGAGAUUGAGAGUAGUGAGGUGAGGCAUUCGGGCAGGGGAAAAGAGAGGUCAGGCAGAAGUGGUAGCGAUUCACCAACCAACGGUCACAGCAGCAGCUCUCAUUCUUCUUCCAGCCGUAGCAGCAGUCAGUCGUCCUCUUCAUCUUCAACAUCCUCUUCUCAUAGUUCCUCGCGAUCCUCUUCCCCUCGAAGGAAGAGGAGACGUAGUCGAUCUUCUUCCCAUAAGGCCCGCCGGCGAAGUCGCAGUCGCAGCUCUCGUAGACGUCGUAGUGAAAAGGCCAGGGACAGGAGGAGAAGCAGCACGGAGCAAAGAGCAGCGCACCGCAAGAAAGACCGCAGCGAUUCCAGAGAACGAAGGAGUCGCAGGAGUCGAUCCAAAUCGAGGGACCGGGGCAGGGCCCGAGAUAGCCGCAGUCGCAGCAGAGACAAGGGCAGAGAGAAGGAUAAGGACAGGAAAAGAAGCAGGGAGCGCAGGGACAAUAGUCACAGCAGCAAACAGAAGCAGAAAUCCUCCGGCAAAGAUGAAGAGAGGAAGCGAGAUCGAAGCCGUAGCCAUGAGAAAGAAAAGAAAAAGAAGGAUAAAGAUCGGCAGCGAGAGUCUGAAAGAAAGAAGGAUAAACCAAGGACUAAAGAAAAGACCAAUUCUUCAGUUAAUGAGGAAAAUGGCAAAUUAAAGAAACGGAAAGAAAUGGACUCUCAUGCUGACUCACAGGGUGACAGAUACUCUAGGCAGGAUAGCAAAUCCAGCAAAAAGGGCUCAGCCAAAGCUAGCAAGAGAUUGUCAAACUCUGAUUCAAGCAGAUCCCCUACGCCGGAACAUAAUAGGGAAAAGAAAUCUAAGAAAUCCAAACGUAGUCGCUCACGAUCAGCGGAAAAAUCGCACAAGUCUGGUAAGAAGGCAAGCCGCAAACACAAGUCUAAGUCACGAUCAAGGUCAACAUCCCCUAAUCGUCAUAGCAGACACUGA